AUGGCAAGAGUUAGAGUGAAGCCUAACAAUGGUGUUGGUGAACUAGGGGGUGAAGGGGUCCGUCCCCAAAUCAACCAUGAGUCUGUAGUUGAGAUUGUGAGAUAUAAAGAGUGCAUGCAUAACCAUGCAGCCUCUAUUGGUUACUAUACCAUAGAUGGAUGUGGUGAGUUUUUGAAAGGUGGGGAGGAUGGAAGUCCAAAAGCUCUUCUUUGUGCCGCUUGUGAAUGUCACCGGAGCUUCCAUCGGAAGGAGGUCCUUUUCCAUGAUGACACAACCAAAGUUUGGUACCUCCAUCGCCCUGUGACAAUUGCUGCUGCUCCAAAUCCACUGCCACGUAAUAUUUUGCUAUACAAUUUGAGGGCCCCACCACUGAGUCAACAACAGAAUGGGGUAUGGUCUGGGAAACUUAGAGGAGGAGAAACCGAGGUGGAAAUGAAACGAAGGAAGAAGCCAAGAACAAAGCUGACAAAGGAACAGAAGGAAAGAAUGAGUGCUUUUGCAGAAAGGGUAGGUUGGAAAUCACACAGGCAUAAUGACCAAGAAAUUCGCAAGUUCUGCUCUGAUAUUGGGAUUAGUCGCAGAGUGUUCAAAGUUUGGUUAAACAAUAAUAGAUAUGGGAAGGAAGCUACUCUACCACCCUUAUCAUCAGCAUCGCCACCACCACAACCACCAUCAUCACCACCUCCGCCAAUGUCGCCACUUCUCCCACCUUCUGCUCAAGCUAGCAUAUGA